AUGGCGGAUGACAAGGAUCCACUGAAACAGCUGAGAGAUUUGACGCAGCUCAAAAAUCAGUUGGAGGAAAUACAGCGGCGAGUCGAGAGCGAAGUGUCUGUAGGCAUUCCUCAGGGAGGCUCAGUGCUGGGAUCUCCGUUCCUGAAGGGCUUUCUGGCCGGCUAUGUGGUGGCCAGGCUGCGCUCCUCUGCCAUCCUGGGAUUGCUGCUGGGGACAGUCACUGGCAUUUAUGCAGCACAGAACUAUCAGGUGCCCAAUGUUGAAAGGACCGUGAAGGAGUAUAUGAACACCUUCAAAAAAGGACCAAAGUAAUUU